AUGGGAGAUACUCAAUCCACAAUUAAGACAUUAAGAGAAUUGAAUUCUGAUCUCGUUCACCAGAUUACUGAACUUAGGAAGGAGAAUGCCAAUAUCAAGGCUGAAAAUAUAAAAUUAAAACAAGAUAAGGAAGAGAUUGAGAUCAGAUUUGUGAAAUUAGAACAGACCGCAAAAGAAAAUGCUGAGAAUGCAAAGUUGAGAGAUGGUGAGCUCAAUGCCAGAAUCGUGGAACUAGAACAGUCAGCAAAAGAAAGUGAAAAUCGAUUUGCGAAAUUGGAACAGAAGCAAACCCAGGUUAUCACUAAUGAACAGGAAGUAUCCCUCGCAAAAAAUAUUUCACCACCUAUCAAAGAUCAGUCCGAUAAAGAUAAUGGUAUUACUCUCGAUCCCAUGUCUGAACAUAACUCGACCCAGACCCAAAGAAGCGAAUCUAAAUCUCUAACCGAUCCUGAAUUGUCUAUCACUUCUUUGCCACAAGAUAUUAUUGAUGAUGAUUCAGCUGAAACUCUAGAUUUUGUAGAAAGAGAAUAUAAAGAACAUGUUAGUGAAGAGAUAAUGGAGAGAAUUAGGGAAAAGAAAUUUCGGGAUCAAAACUUAGCUUCGGAUAAUAAACAGAAAAAUAACCAAUCAAAAUCUCAGAAUGCAUCUUCUGGCUCACUUCAAAAUCCCAUCUCACAGAGUAAGGAUGACCUUGCGUCUAAAUUAGAUCAAUCAAAGAUAAACGUGAAGAAUUCUUCACGCGCACAUGGCCAACCGAAAUCUGAUAUAGAAACUAAAGUAUGCGAAGAAACUUUACCAGAAACUGAGAUAAGUAUUACAACCACUCCCUCUAUUCCAUCAAUUCAUACAUCUAGCCACUCUGUGACUGCUUCCAGCAAUUCGGAAAAUGUGAUAAAUGAAGAUGUAUUACAAGGUAAUGUUGUCCUCAUGUCUGUCUGUAGCACCGAAGGCAAAUCUUUACCGGAGACAAAGGUAGAUAUAACUGUCAAAUCUCAUGUUUCUGAUAGUUCUUUAGACUCGAAGAGUCAUGGCUCUGCCAUAGAUUUUGACUCGGGUUCCUUUGAUGAUGAAAAUUCUUGUGAUGAGGGCGCCGAUGACGAUGAUUCCUUCAAUAACAACGAAGAUGAUGGGGGGUUCUGUGGUUUUUCUGAUGACGAUGAUGAAGGUUAUUAUUAUGAUUUCAAUACCGGUAAAACUUAUACAAAAUCAGAACAUCGUCAUUCAAUCUGUGCAUAUUAG